AUGGUGCGCCCACGCGUGUUCUUCGAUCUCGCCGUCGACGCGCCCCCGCCGGCAGCCCUGAUAUACCCUUCCAGGAUCAUCUUCGAGCUCUUCACCGACGCAGCCCCCAAGACCGCAGAAAACUUCCGCGCACUAUGCACCGGCGAAAAGGGCCUCUCCCCCGUCUCCGACCGCCCGCUCUACUACAAAAAUAGCAUCAUUCACCGUUCCAUCCAGGGCUUCAUGGUCCAAGGCGGGGCGCAAUGGAACGGCGGCGAGUCCAUCUACGGCGGCACAUUCCCCGACGAGGACCUCACGCACCCCCUCGACGCCGAAGGCCUCCUCUGCAUGGCCAACAAGGGCCCCAACACCAACGGCUCCCAGUUCUUCGUCACCCUGCGCGAGUGCCCUCACUUGAACGGCAAACACGUCGUGUUCGGACGCGUCAUUCGCGGCUACGACGUCAUCCAACAGGUCGCGGACGUCCCCACAGACGCGAAGGACCGCCCGACCGUUCCCGUCACCAUCGAAAACUGUGGCGAGCUCGUGCUCAAGAGCAAGGCCCAGUCACAGGAGCCCGAACGUGCGUCCGCAUUCUCUUUCCUUUCUACUACAUGUCCCGAACAUCACGCCCCAGCAAAAGCUGCCUCACCCUUGUCAGGCAGCCAGAGUGAAGACGAGCGGCGGCAUCCUCAGAAGCGUAGGCACCGCCGCUCGGACGGCUCUGACCUCGAUCACGACUCCGCCGCCGCCUCCGAUGACGACACCGGCCACGACCGCGAGAAGCGACACCGCAAAAAGUCAAAGCACAAGCACAAAUCCAAAGGCAAGGAUAAGUCGAAGCACAAGAAAGAGAAGGAGCGGGAACCGUCGCCGUCCGCGCCGGUGCCGCCUGGGGAAGAGACGGAGGAGCAGUACGACGCGCGGCUUGAGCGCGAGGAGCGAGAGAGAUUCGAGGAAGCGAAACGGCAAGAGCUGGAGAGGCUGCAGCGGCGCAUGGAGGAGCGGGAGGCGAGCGAGUCGGGCAAUGGUGUGCGGUUUAAAGGACGUGGACGGAUGAAAUACGUCGACCCGGAGCUCAGAGGUAGUCGUGAUCUCUGA